AUGGUGAACUUCACCGUAGACCAGUUCCGAGCGAGCAUGGACAAAAAGUCCAACAUCAGAAACAUGUCUGUGAUUGUUCAAGUCGACCAUGGUAAAUCCACCUUGACAGAUUCCUUGGUAUGUAAAGCCGAGAUCAUUGCCUCUGCCAGAGCUGGUGAAACUCGCUUCGCAGACACUCAUAAAGAUGAGCAAGAACGUUGUAUCACCAUCAAAUCCACGACAAUUUCCAUGUUCUAUGAGCUCACGGACAACGACUUGGCUUUCAUCAAACAGUGCAAGGAUGGUUCUGGUUUCCUUGUUAACCUUUUUGACUCCCCCAGACAUGUAGACUUCUCCUCUGAGGUCACUGCUGCCCUCCGUGUCACAGACGGUGUUCUUGUAGUUGUUGACUGUGUCAGGUGUGUGCAUACAGAGACAGUCUUGUGGCAGGCCAUUGCAGAAAGGAUCAAGCCAGUUCUCAUGACGAAUAAAAUGGACCGGGCUCUGCUGGAACUUCAACUGGAUCCUGAAGAAUUGUACUUGACCUUCCAGAGGAUAGUGAAAAAUGUCAACGUUAUCAUCUCUACCUACGGAGAGGGAGAAACUGGACCUAUGGGGAACAUUAUGAUCGACCAAGUAGUUGGCACAGUUGGUUUCAGUUCUGGUCUCUAUGGCUGGGCCUUCACCCUGAAACAGUUUGCUGAGAUGUACGUUUCCAAAUUUGCUGCCAAAGGAGAGAAGGCAGAGCUUCCACCAGCAGAGUGCGCAAAGAAAGUAGAAGACAUGAUGAAGAAGCUUUGGGGAGACAAGUAUUUUGAUCCAGCUUCUGGUAAAUUCAGCAAAUCUGCAAGCUCUCCUGCAGGAAAGAAGUUACCCCGAACCUUCAGCCAACUUAUUCUGGAUCCUAUCUUCAAGAUAUUUGAUGCCAUCAUGAACUUCAAGAAAGAUGAAGCUGCCAAACUGAUUGAGAAGCUGGAUAUCAAGCUGGACACAGAGGAUAGAGACAAGGAAGGAAAGCAACUUCUGAAGGCUGUAAUGAGAUGCUGGUUGCCCUCUGGAGAUGCCCUGCUUCAGAUGAUCACAAUCCAUCUGCCAUCACCAGUUCCUGCACAGAGAUACCGCUGUGAGCUCCUGUACGAGGGACCACCCAAUGAUGAGGCUGCCAUGGGUGUGAAAAACUGCGAUCCUAAAGGACCCCUGAUGAUGUAUAUAUACAAGAUGGUGCCUACAUCUGAAGUGGUGUUUCUAUGCCUUUGGCCGUGUCUUCUCCGGGAUUGUAUCUACAGGACAGAAAGUGCGUAUUAUGGGUCCUAACUACACACCAGGCAAGAAGGAGGAUCUCUACCUGAAACCUAUUCAGAGGACCAUGCUGAUGAUGGGUCGUUAUGUUGAGUCCAUUGAGGAUGUCCCUUACGGUAACAUAGUCAGUCUUGUCAGCGUUGACCACUUCUUGGUGAAGACUGGAACCAUCACCACCUUUGAACAUGCCCACAACCUGCGUGUCAUGAAGUUCAGUGCUAGCCCUGUCGUCCGUUUGGCUGUAGAGGCGAAAAACCCAGCUGACCUCCCAAAACUGGUUGAAGGUCUCAAACAUCUGGCCAAGUCUGAUCCUAUGGUGCAGUGUAUAAUUGAAGAGUCUGGAGAACACAUCAUUGCUGGAGCUGGUGAGCUUCAUCUGGAAAUCUGUCUUAAAGAUCUGGAAGAGGACCAUGCCUGUAUUCCCAUCAAGAAAUCUGACCCUGUCAUAUCAUACCACGAGACUGUAAGCAAAGAGUCCGUCCAAGUGCCCAAACAAGCACAACCAUCUGUACGCCAAAGCCCGCCCGUUCCCCGAUGGCCUGGCUGAAGAUAUCGACAAAGGAGAUGUCAGUUCCCGACAGGAGUUGAAGACACGUGCCUGUUACUUGGAAGAGAAGUACGAAUGGGAUGUGACUGAGGCCAGGAAGAUCUGGUACUUUGGACCUGAUGGAACAGGAACCAACAUCCUGGUUGAUGUUACCAAAGGUGUCCAGUACCUCAAUGAGAUCAAGGACAGCGUCAUUGCUGGCUUCCAGUGGGCCACCAAAGAGGGAGUUCUUUGUGAAGAGAACAUGCGAGGCGUCAGGUUCAAAAUUCAUGAUGUCACCCUGCAUGCUAAUGCCAUUCAUCGUGGAGGUGGACAGAUCAUCCCCACAGCAAGAAGAGUCCUUUAUGCUGCUGCCCUCUCUGCCCAGCCCAGGCUAAUGGAGCCCAUCUACUUGGUGGAGAUCCAUUGUCCAGAGCAAGUUGUAGGUGGCAUCUAUGAUAUGCUGAACAGGAAGCAUGGACACAUCUUUGAGGAGUCCCAAGUGGCCGGAACCCCUAUGUUUGUUGUGAAAGACUACCUUCCCGUCAACUAAUCAUUCGGCUUCACUGCUGAUCUCAGGUCUAACACAGGUGGUCAGGCCUUCCCUCAGUGCAUGUUUGACCACUGGCAGAUCCUUCCUGGAGACCCCUUCGAGGCCAACACUCGCUCAUCACAAGUGGUGGCUGAAACCCAGAAACGCAAAGGCUUGAACGAAGGAGUCCCAGCCCUGGACAACUAUUUAGACAAAUUGUAA